AUGUCCUUUCAUUUAGACCACGUAACAGGACUAGGGUACAGGCUAUGGGGUACGCCUCCAUCCGAUGUUGAGUUGAAGCCCCGGCACACGCCUAAACCUGUACAGAUGUCGCGCUUCUGUUUCUUACCUGAGGACAGAGCACCGCUAUGGGUAAUAGGACUGAGAAGCUGCGAUCCUGGGAAAAUGCAUAUUCGUCGAAAAAAAUACAAGGCAAAACAGCGUCUUGAAAUUUAUAAAGUACGGAAAGAGCUCGAAGCUGAUCGUAUUAUGCAACAGCACAAGAUCAGUACUCUCAAGAAUGCAAGUGAGCAGAUCUUGAGCUUGCAGACAAAAAUCACAAAAAAAAUAAAAGAAGAUCCUUUACUUUCAGAAGCCAAGGCACCAUUCUAUGGAAGGUGCAAAAUUUAUGAUAAUAAUGAUGAUGAGCUAUCUAUGUGCAAUGAAAGUACAAUAGACCAGUCUGAUUCUGAAAGUAAUUCUGAGGCCAGUUUAUCUCCAUGCAAAAUUGUUGUCAAUGUGAAGAAAGCAAAGAAGAAUGUCAAACAGAUGGUGGCAGAAGAGGCCUGCAAAGAUGGCAAAUAUGAAGAUGUGAGUGUUUUAGGACUACCAGAUGAAUCACAAAAAGAGUAUCAAAAGAUGUAUGAGACUAUGAAGGAUGCACAGAAAUGGAAGCUGCAAUCUGGGAAAGUUGUUGAGGAUGUCUUGUAUAGGCAUGGAUGUUGUCAAAAACUGGAAGGGUUGGUGCAUUCAUUCAUGCUGGAUCUUGCAGAUCCAGAAGUUGCAGCCCUAUUUGAUGCAGAUGAAAAGAAAGAGAUUGAAUCCACCAAUGUCAAAAAGGAUCCUGAGCUUAAUGUUGACACUGAAGAGUGCUUGAAGGCAUAUAACAAGACAACAAUCUCUGAAAUCCGUCAUGCAAUGCACAAAUUCUCAAGUCGACGGUUUGAAAACUAUGACCCAAAGAAGGAUUUUGCAGUGGAUACAAUCAGCAAUGCAGUUUAUGGCCUGAUUCGUCUUUAUGAACAUACACCCAAUGCACUUGCCAUCAGCCAUCAUGAGAAUUGGUACAAUAUUAAUGUCUGGGCACAAAUAGUGGAUAGAGCCUUUGAUGAUUGUGAAAAUGUGGAAAUAGCUCGAAGAGGUGACGGCAUUGUGAGAAAAUUCUUACAUGGCAGUGUAUUGGAGUUUGGUGGUGCAGAAGUUGGGCUGGCUGAAGGGAGCUUGAAGUUACCCAAGAUGCUACGAGAUAUGCUCAUGAAACUCAGUGAGCAGGUGAAGUGGCAACAGGAAAUUGUGUCAAAGUUGGAAACAAUUGGAUAUGUCCACAAUGGGACUGUUCUCAUGAUUAUGUCCAUUGAUAACCCAGUUGGGUAUGUGACACGUGUCACAAGAAGUGAUUUUUUUGAAAUACCUGAAUCUGUUGAGUUUUUUUCUUCUGCAUUGGAGCUUAUUGGAGCUGUUUUGCUCUCAAAGGUCAUUUUCAUCAUUUUAAUUUUUCAUCCAUAUUCAAUUCAGACUGAUUUGGUUGUCUCUUUAGCUCCGGAUAAAGAGAACAAUUCAGUUGGUUCAGGAAAUGCCAUUGGACCUGAAAAGCAUUGGCAUGCACA